AUGACCGCUUUAGCUACGACAGAGCUGGCGGAGGAGAGGGGGCCCAUUACAACAGCGUCCAGCAAACCCAAGAGAGUGCGAACAGGAUGCUUGACUUGUCGGGAGCGCCAUUUGAAAUGCGACGAAGGCUAUACAAGCAAUAACCAACAAUGCCAGAAUUGUCGGAAGUCGAGUCGACUCUGUAAAAGAGGGGUGCGGUUAAACUUCAUAGAUACUACUGUCAAGAGCCCGCCAAUCAUCCCACCAACUGCGGAUUGGAAAGUCAAGUUUCUAGACGAAUCUCGAGAGAUUGCAUCGGAAUACAAAGGCGGCCUUGGUAGAUAUGCCCACCUCGAUCAGACGAUUACCCCCCCUCGAGAAGCACCCCCACAAUACCCUGUACGGACGCUGGCAGAAGACAACUCAUUGCCACCGAUACAAUCCUCUCGGCCAUACUCAGACAAUGGAUUGAGCGCCAAGAAUGAAUACUCGCACUCGAGAAGAGCAAGCCGGCAUCAUUCCCAUACAGGCAGCGAGUCUUUCCUCACGGCACCUCCUUCAACUUCAUAUAGCAAUCCCGAGCCUCCAAGUCCCACAAGUGAAACCCGUCGGUAUCUCAAUUCACCAGAAGAAGUUCUUUUCAUGCAGGUCUUUGUUGAGGAGGUUGGUCUUUGGAUGGACAGUAUGGAUGCUCAAAAACACUUCUCGAGAAUCCUUCCAUUUCACGCACUAUCGGAGCCCAUGCUUCUCAAUGCUUUUCUUGCAUGCGGCGCCCGCCAUUUGACCUUAGUCAACCCGAUGUAUCAUGAAGAUAAAGCACUAUUCUACUACGACACGGCGACCACUCAGUUGUUGCGCUCACUACAGAACCCCGACCGAGAUACUGUAUGUUGUGCCACCACUGCGGUGAUUCUGAACGUUUAUGAAAUAAUGUCCGAACGAGCUAUGCAGCGAAUGAACCACAUUGCAGGUGCCCGGGCCUUAAUUAAGGAGUGCGGUUGGAAUGCCAGAAGUACCGGUAUUGGUGCAGCUUGUUUCUGGUUGAAUGUCGGUAUGGAGCUUCUGAGUUGUCUACAUUUCAACUGGCAAGUUGCGUGGGAACCAGAUCAAUGGGGCGUUGAUAUGAAUCUACAGCCUGAGACAGAAUCUGGAAAGGAGGAGGUUUGGGUACACCGAAUGCUCUACAUUGUUGGGAAGAUUGCGAACUUCCGAGCUUCAAUCCCACGGUUCCAAGAAGCAUCGCCACAUGAUGAGCAAAUUCGACUUCAGGCCAGAUUUUCAGAGUGGAAGAGACUCAAGGACUUGUGUGACAGCUGGGACUUGAACAUUCCGAGGACCAUGCAGCCGAUAGGUUACCUCCACCCUGACCAAACCAGCUCGAAAUCCGCUUUUCCGGAAGUCUGGCUCAUCAAGCGUGCCACAAUCGUUGGUCGUCUGUUCUACCACACUGCUAUGUGUUUACUAGCACAGAUCAACCCAUUGAUGUCCAAAGAUACACACGAGAUGAACAAGAUGCAAAUGCACCAUGCUCAUCUAAUUUGUGGCAUCGUUGCACAUGUCAAGGACAGGGGUGUUGCUAGUGUUGCACUACGCUCUCUCGCCAUUGCUGCCGAAUGCCUCGUUGAUCGUCGUGAGCAGGAUGAGGUCUUGGAGAUUUUUGAGAAGAUUCGAAAGGAGACAGGUUGGAAAGUUGGUUUCAUCGGCAAGGAAUUGAAGGCAAAAUGGGGAUGGCCAAGUGAGGAUACACAACCCCCACCACAAGUCUCACAAACAUCUCUUGGCCAAUUCUAUCCGGCCACAACACAACCACCAACCACGAGUCUACCACCAGCGCCGCCUCCAGCCAGACCGGCGAUACCUAGCGGGAUUCUUAACCCACUAUUAGCCAAGGCUGAUUUCUCGCUACCGAAUCACCCCUAUCAGCAGUACUACCAGCCUCCAAAUACUCAAGCCCAGAAUCACUUCCCCCCUCCACCACCUAUAUCACACCAUCAAUUUCCACCACCAUACGCUUGA